AAACCACAUCAGCUAAGCCCUAAAGGGAGGCGAAGACCCGCGCGAGAUGCAUUGGUCCGUAGGCCGAGGAACGUAGCCGCUGGCAGGCGCGGUGCGAGAAGAGCGGAGAAAGUGACCGGCCGGCUCAGCGCCCGGGAGAGAAAGGGAGAGGAAGGGUCAGGCUAAAGGAAAAGGCGGAGAAAGACCGCGAAGGCCUGAAGGAAGGAGAGGGAGUCGACAGGCAGGGGGUGCUGUGAGCCAUGCCCCAUAGCUCUGACAGCAGUGACUCCAGCAGCUUCAGCCAGUCCUCUUCAUCCAGCAAACAGGAAUCUUCUGAUGAGAUGAGGAAAGUACAAAGAAGAGAAAAGAAUCGCAUUGCAGCUCAGAAGAGUCGGCAGAGACAGACACAGAAAGCAGAUCACCUGCACUUGGAGAGUGAAGACUUGGAGAGACAGAAUGCUGCUUUGCGGCGGGAAAUCAAACACUUGACAGAGGAACUGAAGCACUUUUCUACGGUGCUGAAUUCCCAUGAGACUCACUGCUCGAUUCUCCAGACACAACCCCCAGCGCCUUCAGAAGUGCUUUUUACCCCACUUGCUUUUCCUCAGAGCCACAUCAGCUCCCCUUGUUUCCAACACUGAUAUCAACCACUUGGACUGGAAAAAGCUUGGAUUCCAUACCUAAAACAGUGAGAGGAGAUCUCUCACUUGGACAACUCAGGGUAUCCCCAUGACCAGAAUGAGGAGUAAAAAUGUCUCGGAUCUGGCCUUGGGCUGAUAUCAGGACACAGAAGUGUUUCUGCAAAGGGCUUGUGUUGGUGAAUGAGAUCCAGAGAACAAGAUAACCCUAUAUUUCUGUUAUUUGCACUGAAGUACUGCAUACCGAAGCAUUUUCCUUUGCAAAAAUGUAUGCUACUGGCUCUACUAAUGGUGACUCUCAGGAACUAGCUGAAAGUAUUUCAUUGUUUUCUAAAAUAAAGUUUCUUUUUUUAAAAAAAAUCACACAUUUUAUUUUAAAGUCUGAUUUUUGCUUUCAUUUCUGUCAACUCCCCCCCCAAAACCAAAAAAACAAAAAAUAUCCAAAUCCAUAAGAAAUGGGCAAGCAAAACAUUGAGAAUUGUAGAAGUCUAUGAGCCAAACAUUGGUUGUAUUUGCACAGCACAGCAAACUGCAAACCACACAGCCACAUUUUACCUUAGUGUGUCCUGCAGUCCCAGCCUUUGCAGUUAGUUCAAUGUGUUGUGCAAACCUAGGGAAUUGGGUUAAUUCUAUUAACGGUGAUUCACCAUGGAUGCAUUGUAUGAAUGCAGCCACAGUAUUACACUAAUCAUAUAAUUAGCAGGUGUCUUUUUUUCUAAAUGUUAGUUAUGAAUGCAAGGUGGGGAUGGGAGGCAACCAGAACUGCAGGAGCUGAGAGACAAAUAUUCUUUGUCCCUCUCCUAGUCCGGAUUUAGAACUCCAUAGCUAUCCUAUUAUUUGUUCUGAAAGAAAAUUAUUCUGCAUGAUAGAAAAUAUAGGAUUAUAAAAGCUGCUAAUCAUAAGGGAUGCAAAUUGCGUGGUCCAUUAAUCAAUUUGGGAGUGUGUUUCACCACCUGAAUAUGGUAACACUAUGAUGCAGAAGUCAGAAGUAACAUCCAUUUAUGCUGUUGAAAUAAUUAUAUAAAAGCACCAGAACUAUAAUGUUUUCUCCAAGUGACUUUUAGUCCCUUCAAUGUAUUAUCGCAGUUGACAGAUUCUUGCAUU